AUGUGCCAGUCUCGUACAGUUCAGAAGGAAGAAUCAGAUGAGUGGUUUUCAUCUCUACAAUAUCUGAAUGCUAGUAUAAACAAUUUAUCUAUUUCUGAAUCAUUUUUAAAUAAUGGAAGUGAAUUUGGAGCCUUGAAUAAUGUAGCAAUUAAUGCUCUUGGAUGGAAAGCUGACAAGCCAUCUGACUUUGAUAUAAAAGGUAACUCUAAACAUAUCACCGAAUCAUUGGGAUGGUUUACGGAUGUGCCAGUCAGUAUAAAGGAUAAGGAUGGUAAAAUUGUUACAGCUACUGGAAAUUUUACACGCAUUGAUAAUGGUGAACCUGAACCAAUGUUAUGUUUAGGUAUGACAUGGAUUCGAAAAGUUCAAG